CUUCAUCUGAAACUUGUGAGGAACUUGUGGAGUAGGUUAGAGUUGGUUUUCUGGAGUCAUGUCAUGCUGUAGCCACGAGGCUCACCAACACGAAGAUCCAGAACGAGGGAGGGAGUACAGCUUGUACACAAAAAUAGAUUUCCAGACUUUGGACUGUCUCAAUGAAACUGUAGAGGGGGCAGGAGCAAGCGUUUUUAAACCCUGGGAUUUGAGGAAGGAUAAAUCAAAGCUUGUAGAGAGUGAUUUGGAUGAGGAGUUACUGUUCAACUUCUCUUUUACUGGAAGUGUCAAAUUAAAACUUUAAGGGAUUAUAGUUAUAGGUGGCGGUGGCGAGAGUGACCCUUCUCAUCUCAAAGUGUUUAAGAACGCAGUACCGGUUAGUUUUGAUGACGCUGGUAGACACGCUGAACGGGAGUUUGAUUUACAGCACGACAAGGACGGUGUAGUGGAGUACCAGACCAAGGUAGCAAGAUUCAACAACUGUGACAGUUUGUCACUCUAUUUUGACAAGAACUUUGGAGCAGAUGAAACUAAAAUCUGUCACAUCGGGCUGCGAGGUGACUUUUCGGAGGCUCAGAAACGUGGCGUUGUGAUAUGUACCUACGAAUCGUCCGCACAGCUCAAAGACCACAAAACUCCGGGGGCGUCAGACUAUUCCGCUCAUGGGGUUUCUUAGAAUUACAGUUUAGUGGCUAAUUAGGAGUUAAUUAGUGGCUAAUUAGUAGUUAAUUAAGAGUUAUUGUUUUCCUUCCGUAUAGAGACAGGUUGUGA